UGAUUAAUGAAUAACUUUUUAUCAUAGGGUUAAAUCAUUGAGAAAUAUCAAAUACUAUCAUUGUUAGGACAAGGUGCAUUUGGACAGGUUUUAUAAUAAACAAUUUUAGGUUUAUAAAGGACUCAAGCUCUAAAAUUCUGAUUAUGUUGCCAUAAAGGUUAUAGAAUUAUCAAGAUUUUCAGAAAAUGAUGGCCUAUUGGGAGAAUUAGUGCAAUCAGAAAUAAGAGCUUUGGAGAUUGUAAAAAGUGAUCAUGUUGUAGGAUUUUUUGAAUCAUUUUCUGACAAUAAAUAUUGUUAUAUCGUGAUGGAAUUUUGUGAUUGUAAUUUUAGUGUGUAUUAUUAAUUUAGCUGGAGAUUUAGAAUAAUAAUUAAAGAAUCCUAAAUAUAAAUUAACUGAAUAGGAUGCUUUAGGGAUAAUUAAAUAAAUUUUGAAGGGUCUAAGAGAUUUACAUUCUCAUUAUAUUAUCCAUAGAGAUCUUAAAUUACAAAACAUUAUGGUCCAUAAGAACUCAAGUUACAAAAUAGCCGAUUUAGGAUUUUGCAAAGUCUUAUAAAACCCCGUAUUAAAUUUAGAAUAUCAAAGGAUCAACAAUCCAAAUUGUAACUAGGGACUUUAUUUACUAUGGCUCCAGAAAUUUUCAAUUAAUAACAGUAUGGAUUAUCAUCCGAUAUGUUUUCUGUGGGAGUUAUCCUUUACUAGAUUCUUUACAAUAGAUAUCCAUUCACUUAAAGGGAUUAUUUAUCAGUUUAACAACGUAAAAUUAAUUUUAUUUUAGCAAAUAUUAAUUUCUAAAAAAAUAAAAUAGAAGUUUCGUAUCAGACAAUAGAUCUCUUGAAUUAAAUGCUCUAAUUUGAUCCUUUAAAAAGAAUCACAUUUUAGUAAUUAAUUAAUCAUUAAGCUUUUGAGAAACCUAUAUUUAGUAUUAAAUUCCUUUAUUUUUUAGGUUUAAUAAGUAAAAUAUAGUUGUAAGCUAAUAUGAUCUUAUUUGAUGAUUAUGAAAAGUUUUAUUUAAUGAAAGGAAAGGAUAUUGAAUAAAAUAAUUAAAACUAUCCUUUUAAUAAAGUUAAUGUAGGACAAUAAUAAUAAUAGUAGUAAUAGAAAUCUUAAAAAAAAAUAAAAAUUAUCGAAAUAUUAGAUAUUAAAGAAAAUGAAUUAAGUUUAGAGAUAGAUAAAAUUAAUUUAAAAAUAAAUGAGAUGUUUUUCUUUACAAACACUAUUCAAGAAAUUUUCAUUUAUUUUAAUUAACCUAAUCUAAUUGCUUUGCUUUGUAUAAAAUUAUAAAAAUUAUGCGAAGUUAUUCUUUAAUUGAUUAAUUAAAAUUAGGAAAAAUUUUAAAAUCUAAAAAGUCAUGAACAAGACUUUUAAAUUCUUGAAUAAUAGUAUAGGGAAAUGGCUACCUUAUAUGAAGGAAUUUAAUAUUAAUUUUAUGAUGUAAAAGACAACUUACCCCUUUUUGAAUAAGAUCAUUUGGCUUAUUUUAUGUAAUAAAAUAUUUCAGAUAAUGAAUUUAAUAAUGAAUUUCUCAGAUAGUUAUAGGAAUAGUUGUAUAAUCAUAAUCAUAAAAUUACGGUAGCAUUUGCUCAUGUUAUUUUAUGUUAUCUAUUUUGUUAAACCAAAAAUCCAGUAACUAUAUAAUUUGAUGAAACCACUUUUAACCUUAAGAAAUCUGGAGAACAAUAUCAAAAUUCAUAAUACCUUUUAUAACAACUUGAGGAAUUGUCCUAAAAUUUUUAUAAUUAGCAAAUAUGA